UAAAGGACUCGCGACAAAAGGCUCACGCUGACCGACCUCUUCCCCAAUCUCAUCGGUUGCCCCCGUAUCACAGUCGAAGGAUCUUACCGGAUAUCAAACAAACGUCAUACCGACGCAUCCGCGGUCUGUUCAUAGAUUUCUCGGGCGCGGCCUGACAAGCUUUCCAACGCUAGAGACGCAUUCGGAACGCACGCGCCACACCUUCCGGGGUGCACAAACUGCGUCAUACCGAGUGCAGCAAGAAAGAAGCCAGCACCGCAUUCGCGAUCAGAAGGAACCCGGCGGUACUACGGUUCCGGCUUCUCCGAUUGAUACAUCAGGCCCUUAUUAUCUUUUCGUACUCCCCACAAAGAUCGCGUUUUCCAAACCGACCUCUUCCCUACGUCCUUGCCCCUCCAUUCCGUCGGCUUGCCCCGCCUUGCGAAUUGGUAGUCUCUCCACACGCGAUCCGGGCACAGCUUCGACACAACGAACACAACAAUGCCAACCGCACUAAAGAAAGCGCUUGAGAAGCUCAAGCCAGGCCACAGUGACCAUGGCUCCGGGGAGGAGAACAGCCUCAAGUCGCCGACCGGAACAAAGUCACCAGUAGGCGUAUCUGCUAACGGUAGAGCCCAGUCUCCCGCAGCUACGCCGCGCUCUUCUGGCAUCUUCCACAGGCCCAGUGGUGAGAUGAAGCGCGACCAGAUCGUUUCUCCUACGGAUAGUCGGUCAAGCCUCGAUCGUGUCGGCGGGCCCCCCCGCAAGUCCAUGACUGGCGUCUUCCACCGCGCAACACACAGCCCUAGUCGAUCUGGCUCCAAGGACCGUCACCAUGAGCGAAGCGCCUCACUUGGCAGCCCCAUGCGUGUCGUCAAGGAAAAGCUUCACCUUAAUGAUACCUCCAGUGACGAUGGCACUCCCAUCAAUCGCGAGGGGGAGCCCAUGUCUCGCAACCAGCUGCGUAAACACGAGAAGCACGCGCAGCAGGAGGAGCGCCACAAGCAGAACUUAGAAAAGGACGCGGAGAUUGAGAAGAGAAGGAAGGAGAUGGAGGAGCAAGCCAACGCUGAGUUAACUCCCGAACAGAAAGCGAAAUACGGCCUUGUUCCCCCAAACAGCUAUGCUGGUGAGUGGAAGCACGAACAGCGCCACAAGAUCCAAGACUUCACGGCGGCCGAUGUUGGCAAGGAGGUUAUCUUCCGCGCUCGUAUCCACCACCUGCGCAAGAUGAGCUCCAAGUUCGUCUUCUUUGUGUUCCGUCAGCAGCUCGCCACUAUUCAGGGUGUGCUCAUGGAGCACGCAGACAUCUCCAAGUACAUGUUGUACUGGGCAGAACACCUCGAGGUUGAGAGCGUCGUUCUUGUCAAGGGUAUCUUACAGGCACCCAACUCAAAGCAGGGUGAGGUUACUGGAACUUCUCUCCACGACGUCGAAAUCUCCGUGCACGCACUGCACGUGGAAGCUGCAGUCUCCGAGAACCUUCCCUUCAAUGUAUACGAGGCCGAAGUUACACAAGCCGAUGUCGACGCCGAGAUUGCUGCGGCCGAGCACAAAGAAGGACACAACCGCGUCAGGAUUGCAGACAGGACGCGCUUGAACAACCGUGUUAUCGAUCUACGAUCAACAGCAUCCCAAGGUAUCUUCCGGAUUCAAUCUGGUAUCUGCAAUCUCUUCCGUACGGCUUUGGACGAACAAGGCUUCAUCGAAAUUCACACACCCAAACUGCAGGGUGGUGCUACCGAGUCUGGUGCUAGUGUCUUCAAGGUUGAGUACUUCACUCGCGGUGCUUUCCUUGCCCAAAGUCCACAACUGGCGAAGCAGAUGGCCAUCUCCGCGGAUUUCGGCAGGGUGUACGAGAUCGGCCCCGUGUUCCGUGCCGAGAACAGUAACACAUACCGCCACUUGACAGAGUACACCGGUCUCGAUCUCGAGAUGCAAAUCGACGAGCACUACCAUGAAGUCCUCCGUGUCCUUGAUCGCACGUUCAAGGCAAUCUUCAAGGGUAUCUACGAGCGGUACCGUCCAGAGAUCGAGGCUGUCAAGAAGCACUUCCCUCAUGAGGACUUGGUCUGGCUGGACCAGACCCCCAUCAUUCCUUUCGCUGAGGCUGUGCGUAUGCUCAACGAGUCAGGGUGGAGAGAUGACAACGGUAACCCGCUGGACGAGAACGAAGACCUAGGUACCCGGGAUGAAGUUCAACUCGGCCGUGUCAUCAAGCAGAAGCUCGGUACCGACUAUUAUGUCUUGGACAAGUUCCCGGCCAACGCGCGACCUUUUUACGCCAUGGUAGACCCUAAUAACCCUGAACUCACGAACUCUUUCGACAUCUUCUGCCGUGGUCAGGAAAUCCUCAGUGGUGGACAACGUAUCCACGACUCCAGAGUGCUGCUUGACAAGAUGUCCAAGCUGAAGAUGGACCCUAGCACCAUGGAGGAGUACAUCCAGGGCUUUCAAUGGGGAGCACCUCCUCAUGGCGGCGGUGGUAUUGGUCUGGAGCGUAUCCUUAUGCUUCUGCUUAACCUCGGAAACAUCCGUCACGCAUCAAUGUUUCCUCGCGACCCCAAGAGCUUGCCUGAGAAGCCUGUUAUCAAGCAGCUGCGCCACCCGGAGGCUAGCACUAUGCAUCCACCUUGGGAGGGACAAGACCGCGUGCUGGCCAAGAUCGAUCUGCAACGCAUUGAACAGCUCAUUGCCAACUACGGCGAUGCAACCAACACAUCGUGGCUGGAGCCUCGCACAGAGAUUUGGCGUGACCAGAACACUGGUGCAGCAGUCGGCUUUGUGCCUCAGGACGGCUUUGCCAUCACUGUUGGUGACCCUCUUUGUCACGAGUCUCAGUAUCUGAAGACAAUGACUGGAUACCUCAAGUACAUCAAGAAGGAGCGCAACCUCAAGCCACUUUGGCUUCUCGUUGGUGCUCCUGUAGAGGAGGUGCUUGCCACAAAGUUCAACUGGCGGACAUUCUCAGUCACCGGCGAGCAACGUGUGGACCCAGCCCAUAACCCUGCAGAAAAGGACGCUGAUGUCCAGCGUAAGAUUCGUCACGCUGAGAAGGAAGGCGUCAAGAUCAGCGACUACGCGAUUGGCACGCCGCCACCACCAGAGGUCAAGAAGCAGGUUGAUGCUCGUGUUGAGGACUGGUUGAAGGGCCGCAAGGGUCGCCAAGUGCACUUGACCAACAUCCACCCAUGGCAGGACGAGGAGCACCGCCAGUAUCACAUCGCACAGACGCCGGAUGGCACCAUUGCUGCUUUCGUUGCGAUGGCACAGCUGUCUCCUGACCACGGCUGGCAGGUCAAGUACUCGCUUGACUUCCCCAAUGCGCCUUCUGGAUCGAUUGAGUACAUUGUUACCCAUGCACUCAAAGCGGUCGCUGCUUCUGGUGCCGAGUCUGUGACCUUCGGCGGAGGAGCUAGCUCCAAAUUCACACCUGGCCACAACGUCAAGGGCACGCGCGUCAAGGUGCUCAGCCGCGCAUACCACGCGAUUGCAACCGAGCUCAAGCUUACCAACAAGACUGAGUUCCGUGAGAAGCUGGGCGCGGUCGAUGACCCGAGCUACAUUUGCUACCCACCACACGGGCUGGGCCCAAUGGCUAUCAAAGCCAUCUUGAACUUCUUUGAAGAUGAUGAUAUGUAGAUGGAGAUAUGACUUUAGGGCAUGAUACCACGGCACGUAAAGGCCACAUUCGAGUUGACAGUUGCGAGUUGGCUCACUUUUCUUUUGUUAGUGUAGUGAGCUUAACGAUGCUUCGUUUGAUUAGUUAGAGACGAGCUUAUUCCCUAAUACAGUACCCUGUACACCCUUAUCAUCAAUGUUUCACGCUGUUGUUCAACGGGCUGCUGACGUGCGACGGCAUACGUCCCUAUUGCGUUAUUGGCAAUUUCAUCUUUCUGACCCUCUUCACCUAUAGUAUAUUUGUCUGCCAUCCUACUCGAAAAGUUGGUGUUUGGCCCGACGUGAAGUCCUCUGAGUGUGCCAACCAAGUGGUAGCAUUUGCUUAGAUGUGUACAAAUGAUCAUCACAAAUCACAUGUGAUGAGCACAAGCUAUCCAAUCGCACUGCUCCCGAGAC